AUGGCAUCCACACUAAAAAACGCAGCUCGAGUUGAGGGUGCGUGGGAGCUAGUCUCGUUCAUUCUCUACGCAGGAGAAAGCCUCACACCGAUUGCCACGCCGUUAGGUGAAAAGCCCCUAGGGAGGAUCAUGUUUCUACCAUCAGGAUAUAUGAGCUGCACGUUGACCAAUCCGGAUGCAGCUAAGCCCAUUCAGGCACCACAAUGGGCUGUAGCUUCAGAUGAUGAGAUAGUGUCUAUCUCAAGGGCCAUGACAACAUACUGCGGGCACUUCAGAACCUUCGAAGAGAAUGGAGACUUGAUGCUGGCGACCAAGGUGGAUAUAGCCUUGGACCCCAACUGGAUUGGGUCGGUUCAGACGAGGAAGGUCAUUCUUCACGAAGCUCAGGGGACGAGGUUCAUGACAUUGAAGCCUGUCCAAGCUCUGCUGCUGCCUAAUGGGAUGAAGGCUACCGGAGUUCUCCUUUGGAAGCAGAUUGAGGACAAGAAACUGGUUGCAAGUCUUUAA